GACCCGAAGGAUAUAAAUAAGUGGGAGCAUGGUCUAUCUUGACAGAAUCAUUGUUUGGAUGAGCCGAGUUCUUGGGAUUUUGAUUGUGCUCUAAGUUAAGUUUUGAAAUUCAACCAUUCUUCUAAAAUGUAUUUGAAAGAGGGGUGCUCCUUAUUGUUGAAGAUUCAGAAACCCUUAAUGCCGUUCGUGCUAAAUUCCAACCCCAUCAUCAAUCCCCGUGAUCUCAAUAAACAACACCUUUUGCAAGAAUCCGAUGUGCUCAAACGAUUGAAAAAGGAUCGGAAUCUUGCGUCGGCGUUAGAAUUCUUCAGCGCCAUAGCCAAUUCAAAUGCCUUCAAGCACACCGCAUCGACGUACAAAGUCAUGAUCGAGAAGCUUGGGCAUGAAUGUGAAAUGGAUGUGGUGCAGUACAUUUUACAGCAAAUGAAGAUGGAUGGAAUUAGUUGCUGUGAAGAUUUGUUCGUAUGUAUAAUCAAUAGUUAUAAACGCGUUGGUUCCGCUGAGCAGGCGCUUAAAAUGUUCUAUCGGAUUAGAGAAUUCGGGUGCAAGCCGACGGUGAAGAUAUACAAUCAUCUUUUGGAUGCAUUGCUGAGUGAAAACAGGUUUCAGAUGAUUAAUCCGUUGUAUACUAAUAUGAAAAAAGAUGGUUUAAUUCCUAAUGUCUUUACAUAUAAUAUACUUUUGAAGGCGCUGUGCAAGAAUGAUCGUGUUGAUGCUGCACACAAGCUGUUUGUCGAAAUGUCAAGUAAGGGCUGCCCACCUGACGUGGUUAGCUAUACGACUAUGGUGUCUUCACUGUGUAAAGAAGGUAAGAUUGAUGAUGCUAGAGAGCUAGCGGGAAGAUUUAAACCGAGUGUUCCUAUUUAUAAUGCUUUGAUUUAUGGGAUGUGUAAAGAAGGAAGAAUUAAGGUAGCGAUUAAGUUGUUGGGUGAAAUGAUGGAUAAUGGAGUUGAUCCCAAUGUGGUCUCGUAUUCGAGUAUUAUAAAUUCUCUUUGUGAUUCGGGGAAUGUUGAAUUGGCUUUUGCGUUAUUAGCUCAAAUGUUUUCAAGAGGUUGUGAUGCCAAUAUCCAUACCUUUACGCCAUUGAUAAAGGGUUGUUUCAUGAGAGGAAAAUUCUAUGAAGCUCUUGACUUGUGGAAACUUAUGAUACAAGAUGGUUGUGCGCCAAAUGUAGUUGCUUACAACACCCUGAUUCAUGGUCUUUGUAAUAGUGGGACUUUGGAAGAAGCCUUACAAGUAUAUGAUCAGAUGCAGAGGACUGGCUGCCUCCCUAAUGUGAUUACUUAUAGCACUCUAAUUGAUGGUUUUGCUAAAAGUGGUGAUUUGGUUGGUGCGUCUGAGACAUGGAAUAGGAUGAUAUCCCAUGGCUGUCGUCCUAAUGUGGUGGCCUAUACUUGCAUGGUGGAGGUUCUUUGUAAAAACUCGAUGUUUGACCAAGCCAAUUCAAUUAUGGAGAAGAUGAUUCUUGGAGGUUGUACUCCAAAUACUGUAACAUUCAACACGUUUAUCAAAGGUUUGUGUGGAAAUGGAAGAGUAGAAUGGGCAAUGAAAGUGCUUGACCGAAUGCAAGGACAUGGGUAUCUUCCUAAUAUCACGACUUACAACGAGUUACUUGAUGCUCUCUUCAGGAUGAACAAGUAUGAAGAGGCUUUUGGACUAUUUCAGGAAAUUGAAGAAAGAGAUUUACAGCCAAACUUAGUGACAUAUAAUACCAUUUUAUAUGGUUUUUCUCGGGCUGGCAUGCUCGGGGAGGCGUUGCAGCUUUUUGGUAAAGUACUUGUGGAUGGAACUACCCCUGAUCCCAUCACGUAUAAUACUGUGAUACAUGCCUAUUGCAAGCAGGGGAAGGUUAAGAUCGCAGCUCAAUUGGUGGAACGAGUUAGUUCUAUGAAUGAGUGGCAUCCAGAUAUCAUUACAUACACUAGCCUCAUUUGGGGUGCCUGCAACUGGAUAAAUAUAGAAGAAGCCAUUGCGUUUCUUCACAAGGCAAUUAAUCAAGGAAUUUGUCCCAACUUUGCCACAUGGAACGUAUUAGUUCGCUGUUUCUUCGACUCUUUAGGUCAUAUGGGACCAAUUCACAUUCUGGAUGAUAUUCUGAGAAAGGGAUAAGAUGGCCGAGGUUGGAAGAUGAUCAUACAAUCAACUUCGGUUGUUGCUGUGACGUCAUAUUACUUAUAUUGAGAGAUUUUUGCUUCAACCCAAUUGUAAUGCUCGAGGAAAAGACUGAAAAUUUCAAUUAUCAGGCAGUUGGCACUCUUCAUGAAUGUGCAGAAUACUUACCUUUGUACUUCCCUUCCUGAUCUUAUGCUCCCUGUCAUCGCAUCUACGGCAAGGAAAACUCAGACAUGGAUAUUUCUCGGCUGCACUUUCUACCACUGCAAUUUCAUCUGUGUAUAAUCCAAAUUCCUUCAGAAAGACAGAUAUCUGACACAUAAAUCAUAUAUAUGCUUGGCUGGUUAUGCUUGUCUUCACUUACUCUCUAAAUAGACUUGGGGGGAAGUCAAUUUACAUGGUGCGCAUGUCAGUGGAGCAACAGGCCAUUGUUGAGUUCUUCUGGCGGCAUAUUCUUGUUAUCAUGAUAGCAUCUUCUCGCCGUGUGAUGUUUUAUUGCAGAAAUAAAUCGACAAGGUAAUGUCAGUGCUUCUGCCAUCAGUCAAGAAGCGUACAUCUUUUCCCAUAAAGUGCAUGAUUUGCAAGGAAAGAGAGACCAUUUAUUGAUUAAUGAAAUCAUGAAAUACAAUAAAGAGUCGUAUCUGUGGAAGAGUUACAAAAAACACCUUCGUUGUGAUAGAACGGUAGAUAAGCUGGGAGGAGAAGGAUGACUCCAUGAUAAAGCAAG